AACUACACCUGUGAACACUACAACGUCAAUGCUGACGGCAGCUACAAACGCAACCACAACAAAUCUUAACAAAUACAAAUACAGUGUCUACAACAGCUUCAACUACACCUGUGAAAACUACAAAAUCAAUGCUGACUGCAGCUACAAACGCAACCACAACAAAUCUUACAAAUACAAAUACAGUGUCUACAACAGCUUCAACUACACCUGUGAACACUACAACAUCAAUGCUGACUGCAGCUACAAACGCAACCACAACAAAUCUUACAAACACCACACCUGUAACAAAUACAACUACAGUGCUUACAACAGCUUCAACUACACCUGUGAACACUACACCAUCAAUGCUGACGGCAGCUACAAACGCAACCACAACAAAUCUUACAAACACCACACCUGUAACAAAUACAACUACAGUGUCUACAACAGCUUCAAGUACACCUGUGAACGCUACAAUACCAAUGAUCACUACCCCUACAAACGCAAAGACAACAAAUCUUACAAAUACAACUACAGGGCUUACAACCACUUCAACUACACCUGUGAACACUACAACAUCAAUGCUGACGGCAGCUACAAACGCAACCACAACAAAUCUUACAAACACCACACCUGUAACAAAUACAACUACAGUGUCUACAACAGCUUCAACUACACCUGUGAAUACUACAACAUCAAUGCUGACCACAGCUACAAAUGCAACCACAACAAAUCUUACAAACACCACACCUGUAACAACUACAACUACAGGGCUUACAACAGCUUCAACUACACCUGUGAACACUACACCAUCAAUGCUGACAGGAGCUACAAACGCAAUCACAAAAAAUCUUACAAACACCACACCUGUAACAAAUACAACUACAGUGUCUACAACAGCUUCAACUACACCCGUGAACGCUACAACACCAAUGAUCACUAGCCCUACAAACGCAACCACAACAAAUCUUACAAACACCACAACUGUAACAAAUACAACUACAAGGCCUGCAACAGUUUCAACUACACCUGUGAACACUUCAACACCAAUGCUGACUACACCUACAAAUGCAACCACAACAAAUCUUACAAACACCAACCCAACAAGUACAACAACAGCAACAACAACAAUGCCAACAACAACAACAACAAUGCCAACAACAACAACAAAGCCAACAACAAUAACAACAACGCCAACAACAACAACGAAGUCAACAACAACAACAACAACGACAGCAGCAAUGGCAGUGGUCCGUGGACCAGUUUUUAUUCUAGUAGCCAUUUUGUUUACACCCUUUGAAGAUGCACUCACUAAUACAACCAGUCCACAAUUUAAGGCACUUGAGGCACAAGUGGUAGCAAUGUAUGAAUUCAUCUAUACAGCUCGAUAUGGUUUACUCUUCAGCCAUGUUAUUGUCAAAGCAUUUAGACAAGCUGGGACCAGAACACGAGCAUCUAAUACUGAAGCAGAAGUGGAAGUUGUGUUUAACAACACGAUAACACCUGCAGAAAUCCCAGAGGCUGCAGAUGUUGCAAAAACCUUAGUAGAAGCUGUGUCUAAGCCCAACAACUUCACAUUAACUAUUAAUGCCACAUCUGUCGUAGCAACCCAAGUAAACACUUCAACUACAACUACAGUGAGCACCACAACAUCAGUGACUACACCUACAAAUGCAACCACAACAAAUCUUACAAUCACCACAUCUGUAACAAAUACAACUACAGCUUCAACUACAGCUUCAACUGCAACUGUGAACCCUACAACCACUACAACUGUAACAACUGCUGAGCCAGUCAAAAUACUGGCGGUGAAAUUCAGAUCUGUUAAAGGGAUAUUUACGACUGACUUGCUGACUUCAUCAUCCACAGCGUUUAAACAACGAGCUACACUGAUAAGGACAGCACUUGAACCUUUCUACCAGGAAAGAUUUCCUUCAUUCCGCUUCAUCACUGUGACUGCAUUCAGUAAUGGGUCCAUUGUCAAUGACAUGGACAUUGGAUUUGCAUUGUCUCUGGUCCCUAAUGCAAAUGAGAUUGCGCAAGUUUUGAUUGAUGCAGCCAAGAUAACACCCUUCGACAUUGAAACCAGUUCUAUAUUUGUGAACGGCACACUGUCACAUGGAGUGAGCCACAAGAUCAGUCUCCUCACUGCCUCCUGUAUGGUGCUGCUGUCAUGGCUUCUGUCAGGCCAGCAAUAACAUCUGCGCUGAUGCUUUUGUGAAAUAACUUGAGGAAAUGUCUCCUGUGACUGGGUAUGAAAAAUGAUUUUUACAACAGAAAAUCCACGAGGAACUUCUGAUGAAGAGCACUCAUAGUAUGAUUUAGAAGUAACUAAAGCUAAAAUGAACCUUUAUGUAAUCAAUCAGUAUAGAUUUGAACAUAAUUUCUGAUGAAGGUCAUUGGGUGUCAAUUUAUAAUGUAAGAGAUAAAGUCAUAAUGUAAGUUAGACAUAUCAGUGA